UGUCAUCAGUACAAACUGCUCCAUUGCUCUUCAACUAAAAUUAGCAGCAGAGGUCACUAACUCCCUCUUUCAUUUGAUUAGGGUUUUACAAAAAUAAGUGAUAAGCAAUUUAUUAGUAGCAAUGAUUCACUCCUUGCUCAAGUUAUCAAGGUCAGCCACUGCAGUUGCUCGAUCAUCAUCACCGUUGAGAUUGAUUCAUGAGGGUAUUAACGGCCCAUAUGCAAGCCCAGUUGCUCUUCAGAUGAUUGAUUACGCUCUCUCUUUACCCAAAUCUCAGAAAUCAGUAGAUGAAUCCUAUGGUCAAGCUAUGUUGGUAUUAGAGCAGUGCUUGUCCUCUCAGUCAAGUGAGGGCCAAGAUAUUGUCACCCAAAACUCUAAGGGAAUGGUCCUACUUGCAAUGUCUAACUUAUUGUUUCAAAGAGAAAAUCAUGAUGAAGCAAUGGAGAAGCUGCAGGGAAUUCGAGAUUUAGCACCCUCUUCUUUGGGUGUUAGAGUUGCUGCAGUGGAAGCUCUUGUUGGGCUCAAUUUAGAGUUGGGGAAUGAUGAUGCUUCAUCAGUGCUCGCAGAUAAAUGCUUAGAAGAACUCUUGGGAAAAGAUGAACAUGAUACUACUGGAGGCGUUGAGGCUGCUAAUGCUCGUGCUAAAGCAUUUAAAGGGCUAGUUGAGCUUGUCCGUGGAAAUCUUGGAUCGGCUGAGUCGCUAUUCCAAGGGCUUCAGGAAAGUGAAGGUUGUGUUGGAACUGCUGCUUUAUCAUAUGGAGAAUUCUUGCAUGCCACAAAAAACUUUUCAAUGGCAAAGGACUUGUAUCAAAAUGUUGUUGCUGAGGUAGCUGAAAAGAAGGACUUCAGUGACAUGCAUGCCUUAGCAGCUUGUAAUAUGGCUUCAGAGGAAGUUCUGCUGGCUGCCAUCUGUGCCUUGGGGCAGCUUGAGGCACAUAUGGGGAGAUUUAAUGAUGCGGAGGAGACAUUAACAAAGGCACUGAAUAAGGCAGAGCAACAUUUUGGCUCUCGUCAUCCGAAGGUUGGUGUAGUUUUAACCUGCCUGGCUCUCAUGUUUCGACAAAAAGCAGUACAAGAGCAAUCAAGUUCUCUAUUAAUACAAGAGGGACUUUACAGGAGGGCAAUAGAUUUACUGAAAGCUCCAUCUCUGGACUCUGAAGACAUCGUGAUGAUGGGAAGUCCAAGGAGGGAUGUUGUUGCCCUUGCAAGAGGUGGAUAUGCUGAAACACUUUGUGUUCAGCAAAACAGAAAGGGUGAAGGAGAAAAGAUGAAAAGAUGGGCAGCUGCUGCAUGGAGGAACAAUAGCUUUUCACUAACUGAAGCACUGAAAAUCUCAGAAUCCUCCAACAAGUUGCCAGUUAUAGAUGCUCGAAUUGGUAGAGUCAUGUAGUUUCUUUUUCCAGGGGCACCAGCAGUUCAAUAUCAAUUUACAGUACCUUGAAAGGACGUGAUGGAAUUUGCUGCAGAGCCAUGCAUGCAUAUCGAUGUGGCAAAAACAGAUCUAUUGUCAAUUGAUGUACAGCACAAGCAUGUGAGAGAAGUUGGACCGAAGGCGUGAAAGCAUCACUUCCAGAAUGAGAAGUUGCACAAGCAUAUGAGAUAUUAAUUAGUAUUUAAAGUUUAAUAUCAUAUAUCUAUCUAUGAUGAGUAUGCACAAAUUCCAGAGUUCUGUAAUUUAAUAUCUCUUAAAAUUGCAAGAAUGUUAUGUUGGCUAGAGACUAUAGAAUUUUCAAUGCGUGAGAGUUCUCUCUCCCUUCCUUCCA